AUGAUCGCUUGGGUCGUUUCUGCUAUUCUUGGCUGGAGCUACUUUAUUGCAUGGUCAUUGUCCUUUUAUCCCCAGGCAAUAUUAAACUACUCGACCAAAAGUGUGCAGGGCUUAUCUCUUGAUUUUGUAUGCUUCAAUGCUACUGGAUUUCUCUGUUAUGCCAUCUACAAUGUUACACUCUAUACGAUCCCGCUAGCAAGGAAUCAGUAUCGUGAUAGGUAUGAUACAGAGGCAACUGUACAACUCAACGAUGUUGUGUUUUCAGUGCAUGCAUUAGUAUUAUCAUUCACUGUUUUCUGCCAGAUGAUUGCAUGGGGCCACCGAUCCACUCCAAAUCCAACCCUCUCUUUAUGGGCAGUCCUUUUUCUUACAGCAGUCUUCAUGGGCAGUGUGAUCAUCAUGUUUCUAAUCAUGUGGCCAUUCACCCACGAUACAUUACAAUUUUACAAAAACUCGGCAUAUAACUGGCAAUGGAUAAAUUUGUUGGAAUACUUUGCUGCAGUCAAGAUGCUUGUUACGCUCGUGAAAUACACUCCGCAGGCUUUGAUGCAUUAUUACAGAAAAUCAACUGCUGGUUGGAGUAUCUGGAAUACCCUGAUGGAUUUUUCCGGUGGGAUUUUAUCACUUUUGCAAUUGGCGGUUGAUGGUGCCAACUCGAGCGAUUGGACUGGCAUAACAGGAAACCCAAUCAAGUUGGGACUCGGAUGUAUUUCAAUCUUUUUUGAUCUGGUGUUCAUGUAUCAGCACUAUAUACUUUAUGCCAAUCGACAUGUUCAAAUAGAGCUGAUUGACGACGCUGAAGCUAAUAGACUGAUUGAGCAGGAUGAACAGGAUGAAAUCGUACCAACCUCUACAUAUCCAGUAAUCAGCUCAGAUUCAAUUUAG